GGUGGCGGCGCGUGGGGCGGCGCGUGUUGACAGCGGCGGCAGCGGCGGAGCCCGGCGGGCGGCGGGAGUCGGCGCCUCUGGUUCCUGCCCCUGGUCCCGAGGCGGUGGCGGAGGGGCGUCCCGGGAUGGCCUUUAUGGAGAAGCCGCCGGCCGGCAAGGUGCUCCUAGACGACACGGUGCCGCUGACAGCAGCCAUCGAGGCGAGCCAGACCCUGCAGUCCCACACGGAAUAUAUCAUUCGGGUACAAAGAGGAAUUUCUGCAGAAAACAGCUGGCAGAUUGUCAGGAGAUACAGUGACUUUGAUUUGCUGAACAACAGCUUGCAGGUUUCAGGUCUAAGUCUUCCUCCCAAAAAAUUGAUUGGUAACAUGGAUCGUGAAUUCAUAGCUGAGAGGCAGAAAGGUCUUCAGAACUAUCUCAACGUUAUCACCACAAAUCAUAUCUUGUCUAAUUGUGAGCUAGUGAAGAAGUUUUUAGACCCAAACAACUAUUCUGCGAACUACACUGAGAUUGCCUUACAACAGGUUUCCAUGUUCUUCCGAUCAGAACCGAAGUGGGAGGUGGUGGAACCACUGAAAGACAUAGGUUGGAGGAUAAGGAAGAAAUAUUUCUUGAUGAAGAUUAAAAAUCAGCCAAAGGAACGGCUAGUGUUAAGCUGGGCUGAUCUUGGCCCCGACAAGUAUUUGUCAGAUAAAGAUUUUCAGUGUCUAAUCAAACUUCUGCCUUCCUGUUUGCACCCUUAUAUCUAUCGGGUUACCUUUGCCACAGCUAACGAAUCCUCUGCAUUGCUAAUUAGGAUGUUUAAUGAAAAAGGAACUUUGAAGGACCUGAUUUACAAGUCAAAACCAAAAGACCCGUUCCUAAAGAAGUACUGCAACCCUAAGAAGAUUCAAGGCCUUGAACUCCAGCAAAUAAAAACAUAUGGGCGGCAAAUAUUAGAGGUACUAAAGUUUCUGCACGACAAGGGAUUCCCGUAUGGGCAUCUCCAUGCCUCCAAUGUGAUGCUAGAGGGGGACACGUGCCGGCUGCUAGACCUGGAGAAUUCCUUAUUGGGUCUUCCUUCCUUCUACCGAUCUUACUUCUCACAAUUCAGGAAAAUCAAUACAUUGGAAAGUGUGGAUGUCCACUGCUUUGGCCACUUACUGUAUGAAAUGACUUACGGACGGCCUCCAGACUCGGUGCCUGUAGACUCCUUCCCUCCUGAACCGUCUAUGACUGUGGUGGCCGUGUUGGAGUCUACGCUGUCUUGUGAAGCCUGUAAAAAUGGCAUGCCCACCGUCUCCCAGCUCUUACAGAUGCCAUUAUUCAGUGAUGUUUUACUAACCACUUCUGAAAAGCCACAGUUUAAGAUCCCCACAAAGUUAAAAGAGGCAUUGAGAAUUGCCAAAGAAUGUAUAGAAAAGAGACUAAUUGAAGAACAGAAACAGAUUCACCAGCACCGAAGACUGACGAGAGCUCAGUCUCACCAUGGAUCUGAAGAAGAAAGAAAAAAGAGAAAGAUUUUAGCUCGAAAGAAGUCAAAGCGAUCUGCUGUUGAAAAUAGUGAAGAACAUUCAGCAAAAUAUAACAACUCCAAUAAUUCAGCAGGAUCUGGGGCCAGCUCACCUCUCACAUCUCCGUCAUCGCCGACUCCACCCUCUACAGCAGUAGAGCAUGCACCAUUUUGAACGUGAAUUUUCGGGAUUUCCACAGUACCUCCACCUCCCCCACCUCCGCCUCUACCAGCAGCAGCUCCCUUGCCUCCUUCGAGCACAGAGGUGCCCACACAGCUCCUGCCCCAGGCUGUGAAUGGCGUGAGCCGAGGGGCCUUACUCAGCUCCAUCCAGAAUUUCCAAAAAGGAACUUUAAGGAAAGCCGAAACCUGCGACCACAGUGCUCCUAAGAUUGGUUAAAGCUUCAUGUUUACACUUGGACAGAAAAGUUUUUUUGUUUUUUUUUUCUUUCCACCUCCAACCCCUGAAAGCACCCUCUUCCUGGAUGAAUAAUUGCUGAGCCGGUACAGACACAUACUGUUUUGCAGAAGCUCAUGUAAGGGUCUUUUCAAGAGGGAAAUAUUCUUCAAGUAGAUUAAAAUCAGGCUGGCGUUGCUGCCUUAAGAAAUAUUUUGCUCCUUUGCUACUGUUUUAAAGGAGUCGUCUUCAUCCUCUAAUGGGCAUCUUUUUGGGGUAGCAGCAUUAUUUGAAUUCGUAUUUCUACCAACUGAAGGAAACAGACAACAAACGAUGAUAGUGUUCAGUCACAGCAGCGAAUGGUCUUUGUAUUGCAAUCCCUCCUGUCCCGUCAGACAGCUCCUAGAAACGUUCCUCAGUUUAUUUCUCUAUUCUGAAGCAUUUUCUGGUUCUUUCUUAGAUAACUCCCAGUUUUGCUACCUUAAAUUCAUCUUCGACAUUAAUACUAUAGCCCAAAGCAUAGUUAUGUCACCAAGUCAGAGAAUCAGUUGAGUUCAUUUUCCCCUUAAAUGCGGAAAAUUCGUAACAUUCUCGUAAAUUCUCACAGGAAUACUGUUGUGGUUCUAGAACUCGGGGCUGCUAAAGUAACUACUUGAUUCAUAGUUCCUUAUAGUUAGAAUGUAUUGAACAAAAAAAAGUUAACAUCAGAUAAAGCUCUUUCCAAUUAGAGGAUCUGACUCCUCAGCAAUUAAGUUUGUGGUUUGUGGGAGAUUAUUAUUACAGGUGAAUCUGGCCAUCUAUAGAAUUGUGAUUUUUCAAAGAUUUAUUCAAAUUCAUCAUCUUUAAAUGUUACUCAUUUAUUAGAAAGAUCCUUUAUCCUAUGAUUUGCGUAAACCCUUAAAUAAACUGCACUUUAAAGGAUUAUAAAUAAUCCAUUUAAAAAUUCAAGUACACACAUCAGUGUUGGUUACUAUGCAGAGAAUGUCACUGUCUAUAGUUUCAUGUAAUCUGUGAUAAACGUUCAGCUGUAUUUUUUAUUAAAAUAAACCAUGUCAACACAACGUGUUGUCUGUCGCUUGGCUUAGUAUUUUAAAGGGGAGCUUUUUGUAGUACCUUUUGUAAACAAAGACCAGAUCCUUACAGUAUUUCUAAAAUUUUCUUCCCUCCUA